AAGAAACACAGUGACAGCCCAAAAAGAUCAGUCCAACUCAAAGUCUAACAUACAAACCCACGAUAGUAGAUCGUUACAAUGCCUACUCUUCUGACAUCACCCCAGAGUGAACUGGAGGACACCAAUAUUACCACUGACAGCAAGGAAACUGGAAAAGUCAGGGGAGGAAAGCUGAAGUCUCGACUGCAGUGUAGGUUGUCUCAAUCUUCUAACAACAAUGGGCUGUGCUUUGAGGAAAUGUCCCAGUGGUCCCAUUCUCUAGAACAGCUUCUGUCAUCGAAAAAUGGCUUGAAGAUCUUUCAGGCCUUUUUGAAGGCAGAGUUCAGUGAUGAAAACAUUGAGUUUUGGUUGGUGUGUGAGGACUACAAAAAGAUCAAAUCCUCCUUCAGGAUGUCCUCCAGGGCCAAAAAGAUCUUCAAGCGCUACAUUCAAGCUGAAGCUCCAAGAGAGAUUAACAUUGAUCACAGGACCAGAGAGCAGAUCUGGAGGAACAUUAAGGCUCCCAGCGCUGUGUGCUUCAAUGAGGCCCAGAGGAUUGUCUACAGCCUAAUGGAGAGAGACUCUUAUCCCCGUUUCCUCAAAUCUGAAAUCUAUAGUACUCUGCUGGACUCCACGUCGGUGUGAAAGCGGCCAUAACAAAUACAGGCAGCGAGAACUUUAUGUUUGUAGAGGCUGGACUGGACUACCAUGUGCUAGCAUCCAAGAACUAGCAUGUAUUUACUUAUCCUAACUUCACUGAAAGUGAUCCUUUAAUGUGACUCCAAAGCUUGUUCUUUCUAACAGACAUGGGCUAACUGUGCUGGAAAACAUUUUGAAGCAUCCAGUUGCCACAUAUUACAGCAAACAAUAAGCUAAAUACAGUGUUAGCUUGAGCUGAGCACAGAUAUCUUUAGUCAGAAGUACAUGGAGGAUGUUAGGUGUGUCAUUUGGCUACAGUUGUGUUUUAAUCAACAUCAGAUGUUGUAACAACUGUGAAGUAAAGGACUUUCCAAAUAUGUCUCGGUAAGAUGGUAUAAAAGGCUGGGAAGUUCCUGUCAAAGAGAACAGGAAGCGUCUGUGGCGCAAAAAACACCCCGCCUGAGGAUGCAAGUGCAAGUGAGAUGGUGUCUGCAUGUGUGCGUGCAGACACAUUCAAUGAUGUCUCGUUGAAACAACAGGUGACACUGUGUGUUCAGGGUCGUGCAUGUCGGGUACAAUGAAAAACGACAAAGUGUAUCUCGAAUAAGCUAAAUGGAACAAAAAUGUAUACCAGUGUGUGAAAGCCUUGUAAAUGUACAUGCAAUAUAUAAAUGUGACACAUUUGUGUUUAUUUAAUAAAAUGCUGAGUUUGCAGGACUUAAAGUGACAUGAUGAUGAUGAGUUCUGAAAAACACAUGCAUAACUCAGACAUAUGACCUGAAAAUACAGGAAACAACUUUGUUCAUUCAUACAUUUAGUCAUAGUGAGAGUAUGAAUGAACCACUGUGGCAUUUAUGACUCUACAAAUGUCGUUGUACCAGAAGCAUUUCCUCUGCUCAUCUCUGCAUUAUUACUAAACUGUGUGCAGCACGUCGCAUAUUUUAAGCUGUAGAGUUGUUUCAUGCAUAGAUUGUAAUUUUCAUAUUUAAUUGGCUGCAUAAAUCGUGACA